UACGUCACCAACAUGAGGAUCGUGUUCCCCACACUCGCACUGACCCUGGAGAUUAUCACCAUCAUUCUCUAUGCCGUGUUUGUGGUUUACGAUGACGCCAAGCCCUCGCACCAUGAUGGCAAUGUGACUGAACCCCAUGGCAACGUGACUGAACCCCAUGACCGUAACCCCCUGAGUCUGUACCCCAUGUUCCAGGAUGUCCAUGUGAUGAUCUUCAUCGGUUUUGGCUUCCUGAUGACCUUCCUGAAGCGCUAUGGCUUCAGCAGCGUGGGCAUCAACCUGCUCCUGGCCGCCUUCGGCCUUCAGUGGGGGCUGCUGCUGCAGAACUUCUGGCACAUGGAGGACGGCAAGAUCAAAGUGGGCAUCGUCAACAUGAUCAACGCUGACUUCAGCACGGCCACGGUGCUCAUCUCCUUUGGAGCGGUCUUGGGAAAAACCAGCCCUGUGCAGCUUCUCAUCAUGACCCUGCUGGAGAUUACCACCUUUGCCAUCAAUGAGCACAUCGUUGUGGAAAUCUUGAAAGCCUCUGAUAUUGGAGCAUCUAUGACCAUCCAUGCCUUUGGUGCCUACUUUGGCCUGGCUGCGGCCCGCAUGCUGUACCGCCCUGCUCUGAGGAACGGCCACGAGAACGACGGCUCUGUGUACCACUCUGACAUGUUCGCCAUGAUCGGUACGGUCUACCUGUGGAUGUUCUGGCCCAGUUUCAACUCUGCCAUUGCUGAGCCUGGCUUCCCCCAACUCGUGGCCAUCACCAACACUUACUUCUCCCUGGCUGCAUGUGCUCUCUCGGCCUACGCCACCUCCAGCCUGGUGGAGCAUAAUGGAAAACUCGACAUGGUGCACAUUCAGAAUGCCACCCUUGCUGGAGGUGUUGCUGUGGGAACUUGUGCCAAUAUGACCAUUGGCCCAUUCGGUGCCAUGGUGAUCGGCCUUCUGGCUGGCAUCAUCUCCACGCUUGGCUUCAAGUUCCUCACUCCCAUUCUGGCAUCAAGCCUGGGCAUCCAGGACACCUGCGGCGUCCACAACCUGCACGGCAUGCCUGGCAUCCUUGGCGGCCUGGCUGGAAUCGUGGCAGCGGCUCUUGGCAAGCUUCAAGGUGGGGAUCCCACCAAGCAGGCUGCAGGCCUGGCCUCCUCUCUGGGAUUCGCCCUGGUUGGUGGAGCCAUCACAGGCCUUAUAAUGAAGCUUCCAUUCUGGAGUCAGCCUCCAGACCAGAAUUGCUUUGAUGACUCCAUCUACUGGGAGGUUCCUGAGGAGGAGGAUGACAACGAGGAAAGUCUGGCCCACGGAGAUCAUUCCAAAAAUAAGACAGAACCUUAGGGUCGAGUACAGAUAUCACACACUUCAUGGUUGUGAGUUAGGCAUGAUGGUCACCAGGUGGAUUUAGAGCAGUUCCUGACUGAAGCAAUAGAAGUUCUGAGUGUUUUGACAGGCAUGUUUUGAGCAAGGCUUUUCAUUUUUAGAUUCAAAUUGUAUAGUCAUGCACUGGCAUGAUUCAAACCAAAAAGCACCAUUUUUCAUUAUGUCAACAUGAACUCAUCCUUAGUGAACGCGCGCACACACACACACACACACACACACACACACACACACACACACACACACACACACACACACCAACCAAAGUUUUUUGGCUGGGUGAACAUACUUCAGAAAAUGCACCUAGUGUGUGUUAUCAAUGAGAUAUUCUAAAGAGGUCUUACAGUGAUUUGCAUUUAGUUUUUUGUUUACCCCACACCUUAGUAAUUAUAACAGUAAGCAGAGGGUCUAUGAACAUUAUAACAAUAACAGGAACAUUCUGUGUGAAAACAUUCCACGAUACAGAAUGCUAUUAAAGCAGGAAUAUGUAUGGCUGUGAUUGGUGAUGGCACCAGUAAAGCUGAUGAUUAAUUGUGCACAUUAAACUGUCAACACCAACUCCCAUACAGUACAUGUACACAACCACAAAUAUAUCAGAGCAAUCAUGGAUUUAUUUGUUCCUUUGCAAUAAGCUUUUUUUACAUUCUUAGUAAAGGUUCUUGACCUGACUGCUCUGGACACAACUUUUAGGAGCUUUCCUAUGGAGAGAGGCAGAGACACUCUGACGGGGUUACUUUAGGGUUGUCACCUGUGCUUUUACUGAGAAUGUACGAUGGAUAAAUAACUCAGGAUAGAGUGAGGCAGAGGUUUGCUGGUCUUUAGUCCAGCAGCCGUCCUCUAUCACACUAACAUCACGCUCGCCUCUGGUCUUCACAGGCAAGCACAGCCUGGUUCAAACAAUAAAUAUUCUUAUGUUGUGAUAUUUUGGAACAACUGUCUUCAUUGUUACUUGCAUUUAAAUGAAACAAAAUAGAAGUAAUAUGUACUUUCUCUUUACUCAUAAUAUGCAUGAAAGUAUACUUUAUAAGUAUAUUAGUGUGAUCGAUAUACAUCCUCAUAUAUUCCAUGCACUAUAAAGCCAUUAGUCCAAAUUACUUCUGUUUAAACAUACCUUCAACAUUUUACACAAAGUUGUUUAUGCAAUUGUUCUAAAGUAGCACAGUGUAGUCAUAUUUAUUUAUUUUACCAGGUCAGGCAUUCACACUGGAGCCCAUAGAGCCUUGUUGAUAUCCGGCCUCAGGCUUCUAACCUCGGAUAGAGACAGACUGCACGAUGGGCUAGGAUAGAUUCACACAGCUAUUAGGUGUACCUGUUCACACUCUCAAUUUUUUGUUUUCCUUAGUUUAUUUGACUUAAAUCUUUUUUUGUUGUAAAUAUACAGCAUGUAUGUGUAUACAUAACGAUAUAGUCUGCUUCUAGUUCUCCCAGCAUCUCCUUCUGACUAGUGGUACCAAGGCUUUCUGUUGUUUCAUCAGUGGAGCGAUGUCAAGACUGCACACUUACAACUUACUCUGUACAAGUAUAAGAGCUAUAGCCUAAAUGCCCCAGCGGAGAACAGGGACAAACUGACCAGACUACAGAUAGGUUAGAUCCUAGGUAUUUAGAUUAGUAGAUGCUACAAUAAAUGCUAACAUAGAGGAUGUGUGUCUUAGAGCUAAAGUGUAGUGCACCAGUAAGGUUUCAACUUUAUUUUUCAAAGGCUUAGCCAUACAUGUUUAUGUUCAAAUGAGAUUUGAUCACACUUUCUAUGUAUCACACUUUGUAUGAAUGUAUUGAAUACUGUCAUUUAUAAACUUGCUUUUAUACAAUAA